GCCUGCUGGGUGGGGGAACCGGUCGCCGGGGCCAAAGAUGUCGCAGACUAAGAAGAGAAGGUUAGAGUCGGAGGACGGCGGAGGAGCCGAGGAGGGCGAAGAGGACCGCGGCGGGGAGGGCGAGUCGGGGGUGGUGCCGGCGGCGCCGCGCCGGACGAAACGUGAGCGCGACCAGCUGUACUACGAGUGUUACUCGGACGUGUCGGUGCACGAGGAGAUGCUGGCCGACCGCGUCCGCACCGAGGCCUACCGCCUGGGCAUCCUGCGCAACUGGGCCUGGCUGCGGGGCAAGGCGGUGCUGGACGUGGGCGCGGGCACCGGCAUCCUCAGCGUCUUCUGCGCGCAGGCCGGCGCGCGGCGCGUCUACGCCGUGGAGGCCAGCUCCAUCUGGCAGCAGGCCCGGGAGGUGGUGCGGCUCAACGGGCUGGAGGAGCGGGUGCACGUCCUGCCGGGCCCCGUGGAGACGGUGGAGCUGCCCGAGCAGGUGGACGCCAUCGUGAGCGAGUGGAUGGGUUACGGACUGCUGCACGAGUCCAUGCUGAGCUCGGUGCUCCACGCGCGGACCAAGUGGCUGAAGGAGGGCGGCCUGCUGCUGCCGGCUUCCGCCGAGCUCUUCGUCGCGCCCAUCAGCGACCAGAUGCUGGAACUGCGCCUGGGUUUCUGGAGCCAGGUGAAGCAGUACUACGGCGUGGACAUGAGCUGCCUGGAGGGCUUCGCCACGCGCUGCCUGAUGGGUCACGCGGAGAUCGUGGUGCACGGCCUGUCCGGCGAGGACGUGCUGGCCCGGCCCGAACGCUUUGCCCAGCUGGAGCUCGCCCGCGCCGGCCUGGAGCAGGAGCUGGAGGCCGGGAUCGGGGGACGCUUCCGCUUCAGCUGCUACGGCUCGGCGCCCCUGCACGGGUUCGCCAUCUGGUUCCAGGUGACCUUCCCCGGGGGGGACUCGGAGAAACCCCUGGUGCUGUCCACCUCGCCUUUUCACCCGGCCACGCACUGGAAACAGGCGCUGCUCUACCUGGACGAGCCCGUGCCGGUGGAGCAAGACACGGACAUUUCCGGAGAGCUCACCCUGCUGCCCUCCCGGGACAACCCCCGUCGCCUGCGCGUGCUGCUGCGCUACAAAGUGGGAGAGCAGGAGGAAAAGACCAAAGACUUUGCCAUGGAGGACUGAGCCUUGUCUCCCAGGCCGCCCGCCCGUCUCAGCCGGCCUCGGCCUGCUUGCCGCUGAGAGGCUGGGGUGGUCAGAAGAGAAAGGG